CUCUCUCUCUCUCUCUCUCUUCCUACUCACUCCCCACUCCCUAACUUGAAACCUCAAAAUUUACAAUCCACCCAUCUUGAAAACUCACCCACCAACUAAUCAUCCUAUAAUCUCAUUAAACUAUUCCAAUCAUGAGUAUUUUACAAGCCUCUUUCCCACAAGGUCAAUUACACAUUACUUACUUUCCUAUAGUUGGUAUAUGAAAAUAAUCUCACACCUAUUAUUAUUCUCACACAAAAGAAAAACACACACAAAUAAGAAGAAGUGUUAAGAAAGAGAAAACAUACAUCAAAUACAACAAUACCCAAACUUUCAUACACAAAAACAAUUACAGAUUCUCAUUCUCUCUCCUCAUCUUCACUCCACAUUUCCUUCAUUUUCCCAUUUUCUCUCUCCUCUAAUCCCGCCGGAAACUUAGUAAAUAAAAUGGCGGAUAGAGUCUACCCAUCCGCCAAACCAACCCCACCACCAGCAUCACUUAACAACAACACCGCCGUUAACGGCGGCGCCACCACCACAACAACAACAACACCAGCAAAAACCGGACAACUCUACAACCCUCAACGUCCACGCCCUAUUUACCGUCCACCACAAAACCGUCGCUCAAAUCGUUCAUCAUGCUCUUGCAGAAAAUGCUGUUGUCUAACUUUCAUCUACACACUCAUAGCAAUUCUCUCUCUCCUCCUCUUAGCCGCAAUCGCAGCUUGCAUCUUUUACGUACUUUACCACCCUAAACACCCAACUUUCUCAAUCUCAUCAAUUCGGAUCUCUCGCUUUAAUCUCACCUCAUCUGACCCAUCUGGGUUCGCUCAUCUUCACUCAAAACUUGACUUCACACUCACUGCUAAAAACCCAAACAAAAAGAAAAUCACCUUCGUUUACCACCCUAUGUAUGUUCAAUUCUCUGGCGCUGGAGUUAACGCCGGAAACUCAACUCUUCCGGCGUUUACUCAUGUCGCUGGUAAUACAACUAUCUUAAAAGCGACGGUUAUUAGUGACCCAACUCGUGACCUUGACUCGGACUCAGUGAGUCAACUCAGAUCGGAUCUGGGUAAAAAGAAUGGGUUUCCUGUGUCGGCAGAGUUGAAUACUAUGGUGGAAGUUCAGAUGGGGAAGAUCAAGACUAAAAGAGUUGGAAUUAGAGUUAUAUGUGAUGGGAUCAAAGGAUUUCAACCUAAGAAUGCUACUGCUAAGAUUGCUACUCCUGGAACUACGACAGAUGCUAAGUGUAAGGUUGAUCUUAGAAUUAAGAUCUGGAAAUUUACUUUUUGAUUUUUCAAUUUCAUUCAUCUUUUGGUGUUUUUGUUUAAUUUUUUUUUUACAUUUUUUUACAUAUAUAAAUGGGGUUGAGAGAUUCGAUCUUUAUAAAUCUGAGCUUGUAAACCUUUUUUUAAUUUUUUGGGUUGAUUCUUUGUUGGAUUUUUAAUUUUUUUUUCUACCCAAAAUGGGUUGAGGAGAUUAAUUUGAAAGUUAUUAAAUGGGAAAAAUAUAGAAUGUUAAUGGUUAUAGUAUUAAAAAAGUUUAA